CCUCCAUCAAGCUGCAGACGUGUUUCUCAGCUCCAUUGCUUGCGUUUGGACCUAACGAGAGCCCACUGUUUCAUCUGUUCGGGCAAAAGCGGAUUUGGGGAAUCGGCGGCGGCUGGGGUCGGCUGGAAUCGCAGGCACCUCUAUUCAUCCCGGCAUGGUUUAUCCUAUGCCAUCAAUGGACACGGAGGAGUGGGAGCUGUAUCCAUCAUCUUGCUUUGGUGCUGAGAUCAUUGAAUACACAGCAAUUUCCCAAGACGGUGAUGAUCAAGAGAGAGAUUUGGCAGUCUCAUUGGAUGUCAUUCUCCCUGAUGAUCUCUUGGAGAAAGUUCUCUCCAUGUUACCUGUUGUGAGUGUCAUAAGAUCUGAAUCAGUCUGCAAGAGAUGGCAUGAGGCUGUGCAUGUCCUGAGGUGCACACUUAACAGAAUGGCGCCACAGAAGCCAUGGUACUUCAUGUUCACCUGCAGCGACGAGGUGGUCUCUGGCUUUGCUUAUGACCCGAGCCUGCGCAAGUGGUACAGCUUCGACUUCCCUUGCAUUGAGAAGAGCAACUGGUCCACUUCUUCAUCGGCUGGACUGGUGUGCUUGAUGGACGGUGAUAACAGAAGUUGGGUCUUUGUGUGCAACCCAAUAACCAAGGAUUGGAAGAGGCUUGCUGAUGCUCCUGGUGGGAGGUCCGCAGAUUACAGCGCCCUCGCCAUCUCUGCGAGCAGGAAGUCACAUUGUUAUACUGUGGUUGUCGCAAGGUGCAAUCAGGUGCCAGGGGAGUAUUAUCUUUGGGAGUUGUCUAUCAAUUUGUAUGAUUCAGAGACCGGUGAAUGGAUAACGCCCUUCAAGGAAGUACUACAUAGAUGGCGAGGAGGUGAUGAGUGCAUCAUCUGUGAGGGAGUCCUCUACUAUCUGGUGUAUAGCACUGGAAUUUUGGUGAAUGAGGAGCAUCGGCACCGUGUCCUCAUUUAUGACCUUACUUCUAGACAUAAUCAUACUUCUUUGAUGAGCAUGGCUAUACCAGUGCCAUGCUCCCUUACAUGUGGGAGGUUGAUGAACCUGAGAGAAAAGCUUAUUAUGGUUGGUGGAAUUGGAAAGCAAGAUAGAGCUGGUAUCAUUAAAGGCAUUGGUAUCUGGCAGCUAUGUGAUAAGGAGUGGCAUGAGGUUUCUCGAAUGCCUCACAAAUUCUUCCAGGGAUUUGGAGAGUUUGAUGAUGUCUUUGUUAGCAGCGGGGCAGAUGAACUGAUCUACAUCCAGAGCUACGGAUCACCAGCUCUGCUCACAUUUGACAUGAGCCAGAAGCUAUGGAAGUGGUCAGUGAAAAGCCCCAUGAUGAAGAGAUUUCCGCUGCAGCUGUUCACAGGUUUCUCUUUUGAGCCAAGGCUAGAUAUUACUUCAUAACUUACAUUGGUCUCACCAAAAAAAUGAAAAUAUUAUAACUUCCAUUCUAUUCCAGACACCAAGGUGAAGUAAGUGUUGCCAAUGGGGGCGCACUGAACACAGCAAAUGUCCUACUUUUGCACAGAUCCCCUUCUGGUGCUGGGUAUAUCUUCUAAUCAAACUAUGGGGCUGUGAUGUUUUGGAUCAUUGGUUGAUUGGAUUGAGGAAUGAAGAUAUGCUAAUGGAAAAAAAAGUUAACUGUUUCCUAGUGCACAUACUUUCCUUUGUUAUCUGCAAACCAUGUCCUUUCUUAUAUCGUGAAACUUUGUCCUUUUCUCAUUUCACCGUUGUUGGUGCAAUGGUGCGUUCCUUUCUGUCUUCA